AUGUCGACCCAGACACCGAACAAAGAACCCAGCUCUAACAACAACAGCAACAGCAACAGCAACAACAACAGCGGCAACGACAGCAUUCAAGCCACCGACAGAGAGAAGACAACUCCCGUCAAAAGGGGAGACAAAGGCGGUGAGUUGUUUACCAUAGAGGAAGUGACGUCAAAAACUAACUCAGGAGAUGGAGUUACGCCACAAGAGUCCACCAUGACGUCACACACGACUGGUCAGGACACGGACAAGGGAGACAAGAAUGAACCUGGCAUUGACCACCACAAGGAUGACCCGAAAGCUGGACAGAGGGCAGCCAGUGGAUCAUCCAGUGGGAUCGGGAGUAAGGGCUCCUCUGAGACAGCCUCGGGUAAGAUGGCGACUGGCAUGACUCCUCUGAUGAUGGCGGUCCACGAGAACAAACAGAGCAUCUGUGAGCGAAUGAUGGAGCAUGGGGCAGACGUCAACGACUCCACAGAGACCAAGGGUCUCAAACUCUCGGCCAGAGGCCAAUUGAGCCUCGUAGGACGAAAUUUUGUGGUUCCUGCAUACAUCACGGACGGAAGGACAGCAUUACAUUUUGCCGCAGCCUUCUCUAAGGACGACAUAGUGCGGUCUCUGCUGUCCCAUGAGGCCAACCCGAUGAAAGCCGGUGGGGACGGAAUGAUUCCCCUAUUCAUGGCCCUGGAGUCUGGCAACAUCCCAGUGGUCAAGGAACUGCUGAUCCAUCAGACCGGACCACAGAUUAUCUCCAGGCGACAUAAAGAAGGCCACACAGCGGUGCACAUCUCUACGUGGGAGGGUGAUGAGAACUCCUUACGAUACCUCUACAGUGUGGGCGCCAACUUCAUUGUUCAGGAUAAGUUGGAGCGCAUGCCCUUACAUAUUGCGGCCGAGCGGGGUCAUACCGAGCUCGUGGAGUUCCUCAUCUCUCACUGUAAGGCCACUCUCACGGACAGAACUAAGGACGGCAGUACCCUCAUACAUAUCGCCUCCAAACACGGACACCCGGAGACAGCUCUUGCCUUUCUGAAGAAAGGAGUGCCUUUACUUAUGCCGAACAAGGAAGGCGAGGCACCCAUCCACUGCGCGGCAGAGAUCAACAAGAGUCAGGCACAUGGAGAAUUUGAGGACACCGACCUGGUCCGACUCAUCCUUGUCUACCACGCCGACCUCAGCGUCACUACCAAACUGAACGGUCAAGCCCCUCUCCUUGUCUCCAGCGAACAAGGUCAUCUGGAUAUUGUGAAGAUCUUGUUGAAAAACCAGGCUAGGGUAGACAUCUUUGACGAGGCCAAGAAGACGUCCCUUCACAUGGCAGCUCAGAACGGUCAACGGGAGGUGUGCAGUGCCCUCAUCAAGAUGAACGCGGACACUAACGCCACGGACGUGGAUGAG